UCCCCUUUCAGUCAGCAAUUCUCCUUUUCUGUUCACUCAUUUACUUUUCAGAGAAAGCAGGCAGAUGUUUUUCUAGUCAAUAACGGGAUGAGAGUGUGACAGUCUUGUAUGCCUGACUGGUUUGAAUCAUCCUGUGGUGACCAAUUAAGAAACGGAUUCAUCAUCAAGCACUUGUCUUGUCCUUCAGUUCAGACUGAAAAGUAACUCAACUGUAGAGCAUUGAGAAGCCUGCGUUUCUGAGACUACAAGAAGGUCCACUAUACAAGAAUGAGAAAAAGGACAAGGAGGAAGUCAUAAUGGAGGUUCUAUGGUGUCUCCGCCUCCCUCUGCUCUCACUGUAUGUCAUCCAGCUCCUCCCCCUACUAACCUGCUCCAGCCAACCACAGCCCUGUCUGCAGUGUGUCAAUGACUUCGUCAGUAACAUCACUUGUGUGUUGAACAUCACAUGCGUGCCCCCAGACAUGCCAUGCAUUCUGCAUGGUAAACACCCCGGGUUUGAAAGUGAAUGUGAGAUGAAGUCCUUGGGCGGUUCCAACACAGCUUUGAGAGGCGGCAGUCUGGUCUUCGAGGGCAAUCCAUACUUUUGGGACGUUGAUAAAAUACCCAUUGGUGUACGGUGUGGACAACCAGAAGAUUAUGUGAUUCAGAUUAAGUACACGUAUCAACCAUUUAACCACAUUAAGAUGCACCCCCCUGGCAAGCCAAACAUCACUAAUUCCUCAAUCGCAUGGACACCAGGAGCUCCCAUUUCAAAAAUGAUCUUCAACUAUAACUUCCAGCUACAGUGGAAACAGGAACUACAUCACUGGGAGGAUGCUGUGGAGGUGAACAGAGUAAACAAACAGACGUAUUUUGACCUGGACCCUGAGAUGCUGGAGAGAGGAAGGAGGUACCAAGUCAGAGUCAGGGUCCGAGCCGACCCAGACAAGUACCCUAACUCUCAGUGGAGCAACUGGAGCCCCAGUGCAUCAUGGGUCUCCGCUAUGGGCCAGACAAAGCCACAGCCAACAGGUCAUCCUGAUGUUCUAGACCAGGACUUUGUGGUGGUAACUGUGGUGGGAGCUGUUGUUGUACUGGUCCUGCUGGUCUCCAUGUUCCUCUGCAACGGAAAAUUGGUCAAGGAGAUUCUGAAUCCUCCUAUACCAGAUCCCUCCAGGUACUUUGACGGCCUCAACCUCGAUCACGAUGGAAACUUCAAGGCUUGGCUGGGUCCUUUGUUCGCCUUUGAAUCCGUUGACUCUGCCUUGCACCAUGAAGACAUCUCCCAGGUAGAGAUUACCAACAGCAUGGACACCAUCGCCCCUCUGAUGAGGGAGACCGGCACUCCGCUACUACUGGAGAAGAGAUGGGACAGCAGUGGCCACUUCUCCAGCUCCAGCUUCACCAACUGCAGCAACUUUUUAUCUCAAUGCUCCCGGCCUGGAUCCUCCUCCACCAAGCUGGAACCCUGCUCUGUACACUCCCCUUACGGACCAGUAGGUGGCACUACUAAAGAGAUAGAAGAGAGGAAGGAGGAGAACAGUGGAGAAGGGAUGGAUAGUGGUGUAGGGAAGAAGGAUGGAGAGAUGGGGGAUAUCAUCCAGGUUUCUUCUUACGAGCGUGUUGAGAAUCUCCAGGCCCAGCGUCAGGCCCUCAUAAGCCCAGAUUCAGGCAUCGGCAGUGGGGGAGAGGAUCAGGAAAGUCAGGAGAGUGUGGAGGAGGCGGACGGGCCUACGCUACCAUUCACCCUCCCUAGGUUGGAUAGUGUAGGGGGAAAGGGUACAGAUAUGGGGGUUGGAGGAGGUUCUCUCACAAUGUCUUCCUCCUAUGAACGUGUGGAUAAGCUCCAGCUCCAGGCCCAACUCCUGGCCCUCCAGAGUCCAGAUUCAGGCAUCAGGAGUGGGGGAGAGGAUCAGGAAAGUCAAGAAAGCGUGGAGGAUGCGGUCGGGCCUACUGCGACUGCCUUCAACCAUAUCCCUCUUAUUACCACUAACAAUAUAUUUUCAUUCUGUUCCACCCCCUUACCAUUCCCGCUGGAAGGUUUACCCCAAUUACCCUUCACCUUCUCUGGGUUGGAGUUGGUUCCAUCCCUGGGACCCAGUACUAGUACCAGUCAUCCAGGCAAGCUGUUGGAGGAGAUGUCUCUCCUGUCUUCUUCAAUGGCAAUAGAGCCCUCUGGCUACAUGCCAGUGAAAGAAGCUCAGAACUGA